AUGUCUAACUUCAAUAGUCUGAGUUCCAUUGUAGAAGAUGAUAAUGAAUAAGAAUCUUUUACAUUUAAAAGUAAUAAAUCCGAUUUUUCUGAAAAUAAUAGCCUUUCUUUUGAAAAUGAAAAUGCCAACUUCGACAAUUAAUUUUACAAAAUAAAAGAUUCAUUUGAAAUUAUAAAAGAUCUUAUACAAUAAGAUAAGAAGAGAUAAUACUAACAAAAGAAAAAACAGGAAAAAUAAUAAAUGUUUUAGAAUCAAUUGCCAGUAUUUAAUCAACAAAUGAUUUAAAAGGAUUCUCAAUAAAAUAAUCAAUAAAUGCAAAUUUAAAAAACUAAACAUUAAUAAAAAUAACAUAGGAGAAGUCACUCGGAUAAAAUUAAAGAUUUCAAAGAAUAAAUGUUAAAUUUAAAUGGCAAAUAAGUUAAUGAAAAUCAUUAAGAUCAUGAACUAGAGCAUAUUCUCGAUAAGUUACACCAAGUGGAAACUUGCGAAUAUUGUAAAAUUAAAAUAGAAAGACACAUUUUAAAAGCUCAUGAAGAGUAAUGUGUUUAUAAAGAAACAAAUUUUGAUGAAAUUCAGUGUCCUUAUUGCGGUGAUAGUAUUGUCAGAGCCUUUAUUAAUGACCAUUUCGAAGAGUGUCUUAUGUAUAUAGAGGAUAAAUUUGAAAAAUUAGCAGGAAUUCAGGAAUGCAGUAUAUGCAUGAAUGAAAUAGUUGGGAAUAAAAAAACACUUAAAUGCAAACAUUACUUUCAUUCAGAUUGUAUUUAAGAUUGGCUUGAAAGAAAAAAUGUAUGCCCAGUUUGCAGAAUCUAGAUCUGA